GCACCGAACUCGGUUUGCACCUUCACCUUCAAGCACAAUAGCAACUGCGAUUUUUGUGGCCAUUAUCUAUCUCGCUUGCUUGCCUGCGACUGUAUACCUCAAUAUCAAUGCAGCGAGAAAUAUACAUGAACAUCCCGGCACAGAACCCUCAGACUGUGCCAAGCUUCGAGGAACGCCGUGUACAAGACUAUCUUCAUGCCUACCGGACAACGGGGAAACCACCAGCAUCUUGUCCAGCACAACCAACCGAUCGUGCACAACGCGCCUCACUUGGCUUACCCCCACUCAUCGAGCCGCACUCGGAGAUCGUGCGCGGCAGUACCGACAUAUUGCUUGACACCGACUCGCCCUCACCAUCUAUUGUGGUCAAUGGUGGGGCGCCAGGAGCAAUACCUGAUACCCAUACCUUCCGACCUGUACCGGUGGCGGGUGAGGCGCGUGGCGCGUUCUUCCAGUGCAUCGUGAGCCAACCUGAAUUCGUCGCAUGGUCAUUCGAGGAGUUGAGGGUCUCGGCGUAUGCCAAAGGUCGCAAGCUUGCUCCUGAAGUUGUACAGCGGCCAGCUCUGCAACCUGCACCUGUGAUGGCUAGUAGUACUAGUAACGGCUUCGCCCCAGAGAACUACCAAAACAUCACGUGCAAACCAGAUUACAUCCAGCAUAGCGUCGAGGAACUGCGACUAGCUUUCUACCGCGCAGGGCGUCAGCUAAGGUCCGCAGAGAUCAUCCAACGGAAUGCUGCUCUUCGGAUAGCAAAGCCGUGAACGAACAAAUGAACACUGCACUGCACUCAGACUUGUAUCGUGCUAUCAUCUGCUAUCUUGUACAACAAUGUCUUUGUAUGAAUUGUGGGUCCCGCCGCUGCUAUUGGACCCGGGCAAGAUGACGGUGUUCAGCCGGACGAUACGCACGCGCGCGGCGUAGAUCGCCGUCGUCGUCGUGUACCUCACGACGCCUCUCAUGAUGUCGUGUGUGCGGUUCGGCGUGAGCGCAACGCACGCGAAGGAGGACAUGGACAUUGUGCUCCCCGCUGUGCGACGAGAUCGGCUACCUGCUCGACCUCAAGCAGGGCCAGGGCGAGCGCUGGUUGCCUCAGAAGAUUCUAGACAGGGCGGUCGAACUGGUGAACAUGACGGAGGAGU